AUGUCCACUACCACCAAGAAGCGCUCAGCAAAUGGAGAAGAGCCUGGCACAAAACGUCUCAAGUCGAACUACUUCAGCGACAAUAUCACCACCAUUUUGGUCAGAGAAGAAGAGACAAGUUUCACCGCCCACAAGAAUACUCUCUGCAAAGAAGGCGUCGUCAGACUGCCAGAGGCUCAGGCGGAAACUUUCGCUGUGUAUCUUCACUAUGCCUACACCGGCCACUUCGAUUGGAGCCUGAUCCGCACACACCGCACCGGCUACAAAGACUCAAUACCCCGCAACUUUCACCUAUGGUUGCUGGCGAACUACUUGCAAAACAGUGAAGUGUGCAAUGCCAUCGUGGAUCACAUUCUGCGGUUUAGCGAGCGGGACUCAGGCAGGGAUACAAUCAACAAUGGGUGGACUGCGGACAACCUUCAAAGCGCUUGGACUCUCGUGCCAGAAGGAUCGAACCUACGACGUUUGAUCAUCGACCUGGUCAUUGCACAUGCCACCCCGAUUAGCUUUGGAAAGGGAUGCAACAAGUGGCCGCAGGAUCUGCUGCUGGCUGCGGCGAAGAAGCACUUCGAGGGAAAGGCUGAGAAGACCGUCAAACCCGCCGGAUCGCGUCGGACUGGCAGGCCAGCUGGUUGGCGGCAUGGUCACGACAGGACCUCGAGCGGUGCUGAGAUCCCAGCCACCUCGAAGGUCACCGAUGUUGAUCCAAUCACUCCAACUUACGCCAAUCGCUGCCAUCACCACGAGCACGAGGACGGGGAAGAGAGAUGUGAUGAGGUUCUUGGAGACUCUACGAGCAACAACGACGAAGAUGGUGCAGGAUGUGUGGUGAUCGACAUCUAUCCGGAAGAGGAUUGA